CCUCAAGUAACCUAACAAGUAGCAUCCACUGAAGUGCACCUCUGUGUCCAACAGGUGGCAGGACUGUCAUUUAGGAAUUGGAGAUGUUUUUGUUCAGUAACUUCCUCCACCUGCUGCAACUCAUCCCACUGUACAAGAAGGAGAACUACGGUGGCUGAUGCAAAAACACGCAUGGCCCUAUCUAGAGCCAGUGUUUGAUUUGUCCAUUCUGGGCUACUGUAGAAACAACAUGGCGGACUCCGUGGAAGAGGACCAGCUCCAUAUGUUGGUGUACACGACUCAUUCUAAGGGAUAUUGUCACAAAAUGCAGUUGUUUCUUUGCCAAGACCGCUGCAUUUCCAGCGAGUAUAGCGCCACAAAGUUUGUUUUAUACCAAGACAUCACUGCAUUUCCAGCCGGGACAGUGCCACAGAAAAUGGUUUCCAGCGGCUUUUUAGCCACUCAUACCAGCGGAGAGAGUGGACGCACCUAAACAAGUAUGAGCGAAGCAUCCGCGCCCUGACGCGCUCCGGUGAGCGCAUGUUGGACCGGUGAGAGUGUGGACUAGUAUGAAGCGCCAUGGGUUGGUGUGACCGCGGGGUUCAAACGCUGCUGGCCACCGUGGGGGCUUUCGCUGCCUUCAGCCUGAUGACCAUCGCCAUCGGCACGGACUACUGGCUCUAUUCGCGCGCGUACAUCUGCAACAGCACCAAUACCACCACAGACGAGACCCAGCCGCAGCCCAAAACCAAGAAGGGAGAUCUCACUCACUCCGGGCUGUGGAGAAUCUGCUGUAUUGAAGGAAUCAAUCAAGGCAGCUGUUACAGGAUAAACCAUUUCCCUGAUGACAACGACUACGACACAGACAGCUCUGAAUACCUGCUGCGUAUAGUUCGUGCCUCCAGUGUGUUCCCCAUCCUCAGCACCAUCCUGUUGAUGCUCGGUGGGCUGUGCGUCGGGGUUGGUCGAGUCUACAACAAGACAAACAAUGUCCUCCUCAGCGCGGGCAUUCUCUUUGUAGCUGCAGGUUUGAGCAACAUAAUUGGCAUCAUCGUCUACAUCUCCAGCAACGCAGGAGACCCCAGCGAUAAACGUGACGAUGACAAGAAGUACACGUACUCCUAUGGAUGGUCGUUCUAUUUUGGUGCCCUCUCCUUCAUUGUGGCUGAAACUGUGGCUGUCCUCGCCAUCAACAUCUACAUUGAAAAGAACAAGGAAGUCCGCUGGAAGGCUCGGCGCGAGUUCAUCCGUUCACUCUCUUCCUCUUCCCCGUACUCAAGGAUACCGAGCUUCCGCUACCGCCGGCGGACGUCGCACGCCAGCUCUCAUUCGACAGAGGCAUCGCGGGAGAACUCACCUGUGGUUGGUCUGAAGGGGGCACAAUCCUCCAGUGGGCCCCUGGAUGAGUUGUCCAUGUACGCCCUGGCGAGGGACAGUGUGACGGAGAAUACAUACAGCCCCGAACACGAGGAGGCUGCAGAGUUCCUCCAGGUCCAUAACUGUUUCCCCAAUGAUUUAAAGGACGGGGUGAAUCGCAGAACCACACCAGUGUGAGAGGCAUGUUGCUUGGCUUGAGUUUCACCUGGAAGGACGAACAGGAAAUGAUGAAAAUCAGUCAGCCAAUUAGUUGGAGUGCUUGUGUUAGCCUUCAAACGUAGAAGCGCAGUUUUUGGGGAGACUGUCCAUUUUUGAAAGGACCUGAGGAGAAGACAGGACAUUCAGCUAGACAGAAGCCAAUUAACAGAACCUGAAAAUCAUUUAUCUGCUUUUAGAGAUCAUCAGAGCAGAGUUAUAUUGUCUGUGCAGUAGCUGAAUCAAAAUUGAUGUUAUCUUUCAACUGUCGAAAUGCUUAAAUGAGCCUUGUGUGUUGCAACCCGUUCUCACUCCCAGGGCAUCAAAUAUGGCAGCUUGGUCAGUGGCAUCUUAGCGUCUGGUAUUGACACACAAGGCACCCUCUUGCAUCUGUAUGAGACACACUGGGCUUUCAUAUGUCUCCAGUGUAAAUCCAUUGGCAAUGGCGUAUAAAGCGCGAGAAAGUCUGUGUUGGUUGGGAGUGAGGGGUGGCCGAAGGGUUAAAAAAGUAAAGGACUUUCACCCAGGAGACCACCGUUCAUGUCCAGUGUGGAACAAUGACUUUAUAUCAAGAUGGACAACACUACUCUACUUCCUCCCAUUGUACAUAAAUGAAGCCAACAUACAGGCAGAUAUGGGCGCUGCCAUCUUGCACUGAUGAUGUCAUUUGGAGCCAAAGUCUGUGAAGUAGCUAUCGGGAAAUGGAGCUACCGCUAUCAAGGUCUCGCCCAUCCACCCAUCUGACCCAAUCAAUCAUGUCAAUCUUGACGUCAAACCCCGUUUUUAUAGAAUCAAAUAACUAACUGAAACCAAACUUAUCAGAAAAAUGAAUACUUGAAAAUCAGCUUGAUAAGAAUGACCUAAAGUUACAGAAAACAUCUUUGAGAAUUUUUUAUUUUUUAUUUUGACCUAUACUUUGAUUUUAGCCCAUGUCCCAUCUGCUAACAUGGAGGGGGCGAGGUUUAUGACCUAUACUGCAGCCAGCCACCAGGAGGCGAUGGAGAUGUUUUGGCUUCACUUCUGGGGAGCUGUCAUCCUGUCCAUCUUUUUAAACGGUCUGUGGUGUGAAACCAAAAGUCAACAUUGAGUUUUUUUAAUCACGUCACAUACUAACAUCACAUGACAUACAUGGUGUGACGUAUGACAAACUCUUUAACUUAUUCACGUUAGUGACGUUACAUAACAAACUUCAUCAGUCCAAAACUGAUGCUAGAGGGGUACCUAGAGCAACAUAGUUUGAAGCGUAGGGCCACUGACCAACCUGCCGUACCUGAGAAGUUGAGAGUGACAAUGCGCUGGUGGAUCACAACCCUUGUUUGUGUAACGGUCACUAAACAUUGUGGGUGUGACGUGUUGAGUUGUGUCAAUCAGCAGUAUUCUACCUGUAAAUUAUUCAACAAGGUGCUAAAUGAAAUGUGCUCUUCAACUUGAAAGUGUUUCCUUUGUGUGUGCAGUUGCUAUAAAUUGUGGACCCUUCUCCAAAGUGUGUAUUGUGUCCUCAUAACCAGUCUGGUCUUGCCUUAUACUCGAAUAUGUUUGAAAGAGACAACAGGGGCUCUCUCUGCCUCUCUUAGCACUGUCCUUUAGCAUAAUGUAUGGCCUUUUGAACAAAAUCAAAUUAUAAAUAUUCUAAACUUUUUUUUCAGUAUGGUUUGGGAGUCAGUGUCGACAAAUGUCUGAGAAUGUACUGAAUGUUUAGUAUUUUACCAGAUUGUACAUGUCAGUCCUCCAAACAAUAUGAAAGGUUUUGUCUCCCUCGCCGUCUCUUCCCCAAUCCUAUUCUUCUCUGACAUUUGUCAGUCGAACAAAUGUCCGUUUUGUCAGUGGAGCACCUCCGUUCAGUGGCCCCUUUUUAUUCACUUCCAUAACAGUCCGCCAUCCUUCCGUCACCCCCCACCCCCCGAUGGAUGUGACAUUGUGUAUGUGCCUGUUACAAGAGAAGAGCAGCUGACAGAACGGGGGUGCCCAGAACUGUGACAAUGGCACAGGUCAGGACUUCCUUUUGCUCUGAAUGAAAACAUCCAGAGUGUUUAAUGGAUAAGGAUCAGAGCCAGGCGGAGAAUGUCUGUCACACCGCCUGUGAGUCCAUCUGGCUGCCUUCAGCCCCCCUUCUCCCAUCCCAUGUCGAACAGAGGACCCAGACAGGAGCAGAGGGAGCUGUCUGCAACUGCGUCCCUGAAGGAUUUGGCUCUAAUAUCCAGACGUGUGUGUGUACUGUCGUCCUGCACGUCCUUCACUGCUCUUUCUUUUAGUUCUCUCAGGAAAUACUGUGUUGUUGUGGCAGGUUGGACACUUUUGAGGUCCUCUCCCUACUUUGUGGCAGUGCUGGGAGAUGGACCAGUGAUAAAGAUAAACCUGGUGAAAAUGAUCUGAGAAAAAAAGCCACUACUGUAUUUAGUAAAUGCUGUGAGUGUUUGCUUGAGCUUGCUCCAAGAACCAGCUGGGGUGGGCUUUAUUUUUCAGUCUUAGGGCUAUUGAGUUGGUUCUGGUUUGGUAAGUGAGCUCACUCAACCACAAAGUUGUAUUUGAUUGUAUUUAGUGUUUGAUAUGCCAUUAAAGAAACCAUGUCGUACGCCAGGCUGAGCACGUGUAAAUGAAAGCCAUCAGUUUGAUCCAUGAGUGUAGAUCUUACACUUUUAUAUUACAGUUUGGGAAAGAAAAUCCAGAUGUGUUUGUUUGUAAUGUAAAUCUGUAAAGUUGUAAAUAAAAACACAAUAAAAAAAGAAAAGAAAGAUUGAAUG